AAUUUAAGCAUCUAUAAAUAGUGAAUAUCGAAACCUUCAAAAUUAACAAGUUCAUUACUUUGGCUUUUGUUUCAUCAAACACAAACAAGUCAAGCUUUUUUCUGCACUCAUUGAUAUUCAAAUUCAAUCAAAAAAAUGUCUCAACCAGAAUCAUCUGAUUCGAAAUCGGUGAAAAAGGACUUCUCCACCGCGAUUCUGGAACGCAAGAAGUCUCCUAACCGACUUGUCGUUGAUGAGGCUGUCAACGACGACAACUCCAUUGUCGCUAUGCACCCACAAACCAUGGAAACCUUGGGGCUUUUCCGGGGUGACACUGUCCUUAUCAAGGUUGAUUUGGAAAGAAUUGGAAAAGAUACUCAUGGGUAUGUUGGGGCUGACCUUGCUGCCCUUUGCACUGAAGCGGCUUUGCAAUGCAUUAGGGAGAAGAUGGAUGUCAUUGAUUUAGAGGAUGAAACAAUUGAUGCUGAAAUUUUAAAUUCCAUGGCCGUUACAAAUGAACAUUUCCAGACUGCCCUUGGAACAAGCAACCCUUCUGCUUUACGUGAAACUGUUGUUGAGGUGCCUAAUGUUAGUUGGGAAGACAUCGGAGGCCUUGAGAAUGUCAAGCGUGAACUGCAAGAGACUGUUCAAUAUCCUGUUGAGCACCCGGAAAAGUUUGAGAAGUUUGGGAUGUCACCAUCAAAAGGAGUUCUCUUCUAUGGUCCUCCAGGAUGUGGAAAAACAUUGUUAGCCAAAGCAAUUGCUAACGAAUGUCAAGCUAACUUCAUCAGUGUGAAAGGCCCAGAAUUGCUUACAAUGUGGUUUGGUGAAAGUGAAGCCAAUGUUAGAGAAAUUUUUGACAAGGCCAGACAAUCAGCUCCAUGUGUCCUCUUUUUUGAUGAGCUUGACUCCAUUGCUACUCAGAGAGGAAGUAGUGUUGGGGAUGCUGGUGGUGCUGCCGACAGAGUUCUAAAUCAACUUCUGACUGAAAUGGAUGGCAUGUCUGCUAAAAAGACUGUGUUCAUUAUCGGGGCAACUAACAGACCUGAUAUCAUUGAUCCCGCACUUCUCCGGCCAGGCCGUCUAGAUCAAUUGAUCUAUAUUCCUCUUCCUGAUGAGGAUUCCCGUCAUUCGAUCUUCAAGUCCUGCUUGAGAAAGUCACCAAUUGCAAAAGAUGUUGAUUUGAGAGCAUUGGCUAAGUAUACACAAGGUUUCAGUGGUGCCGACAUUACAGAAAUAUGCCAGCGAGCAUGCAAAUAUGCUAUAAGAGAAAACAUUGAAAAGGACAUAGAGCAAGAGAGGAAAAGGAAGGAAAACCCUGAGGCCAUGGAUGAAGACCUUAUUGACGAAGAAGUUGCAGAGAUCAAGGCGGCUCAUUUCGAGGAGUCAAUGAAGUAUGCACGUAGGAGUGUUAGUGACGCCGAUAUACGCAAAUACCAAGCAUUUGCUCAAACCUUACAACAAUCGAGAGGGUUCGGAAGUGAAUUUAGGUUCUCAGAUACUGGAAAUAGAACUACUACUGAAUCUGACCCUUUUGCAACUACUGCUGCUGGUGGAGCUGAGGAAGAUGAUCUGUAUAGUUAGAUUUUCUUCAAUGAUCUGCUGUAGACUUUUCCUUUCAAGGGCAAAACUUAAAGCCCGCCUUUUGCUUUUCAUGUACUUAAGUUAAAUUACUAUAGUUUGUUACUGGUUUAACACAGAAUUUUUAUACAGUAUGUUUAUGUUUAUAUCA